CUGCUGCCGAGAACCGCGUGAAACCAUGACUUCCUCUUUGUAGCGCCGGUUCCCGACCACAAGCACCAAAGCAGAGGGGCAGGCAGCACACGGCCAGGCAGCCAGAGUACCAGCCCAGCCAUGGUCCCCGAGAUGAGUGAACGCCAAGAGUUCCAAGCCUCGGAGCUUGCCUUCCUCCUGGAAAACUCUUCCUACGACUACGGAGAAAACGAGAGUGCCUCCUGCUGCGCCUCCCCACCCUGCCCGCAGGACUUCAGCCUCAACUUCGACCGGGCCUUCCUGCCCGUCCUCUACAGCCUCCUCUUCAUGAUGGGGCUGCUGGGCAAUGGCGCCGUGGCGGCCGUGCUGCUGAGCCAGCGGGCGGUCCUGAGCAGCACCGACACCUUCCUGCUGCACUUGGCCGUGGCUGACGCACUGCUGGUGCUGACGCUCCCGCUCUGGGCGGUGGACGCAGCCGUCGAGUGGGUCUUCGGCUCUGGCCUCUGCAAAGUGGCGGGUGCCCUCUUCAACAUCAACUUCUAUGCAGGGGCCCUCCUGCUGGCCUGCAUCAGCUUCGAUAGGUACCUGAGCAUCGUGCACGCCACCCAGCUCUACCGCCGGGGUCCCCCGACCCGCGUGGCCAUCACCUGUGUGGCGGUCUGGGGGCUCUGUCUGCUCUUCGCACUCCCGGACUUCAUCUUCCUGUCCGCCCACCACGACAAGCGCCUCAACGCCACCCACUGCCAGUACAGCUUCCCGCAGGUGGGCCGCACGGCCCUGCGCAUUCUGCAGCUGGUCGCUGGUUUCCUGCUGCCGCUGCUGGUCAUGGCCUAUUGCUAUGCCCGCAUCCUGGCUGUGCUGCUGGUCUCCAGGGGCCAGCGGCGGCUCAGAGCCAUGAGGCUGGUGGUGGUGGUGGUGGUGGCCUUUGCCCUCUGCUGGACCCCCUACCACCUGGUGGUGCUGGUGGACACCCUCAUGGACCUGGGGGCCGUGGCCCGCAACUGUGGCCGAGAAAGCAGUGUGGACGUGGCCAAGUCGGUCACAUCGGGCAUGGGCUACAUGCACUGCUGCCUCAACCCUCUGCUCUAUGCCUUUGUGGGUGUCAAGUUCCGAGAGCGGAUGUGGAUGCUACUCAUGCGCCUGGGCUGCCCCAACCAGAGGGGCCACCAGCGGCAGCCUCCGGCUUCCCGCCGGGAUUCAUCCUGGUCUGAGACCACAGAGGCCUCCUACUCAGGCUUGUGAGGCUUGGGAUGGGGGAUCCCCCUUUCCCACGCAGCCCGACUCCCCCAUUCCAGGCUCCUCCCUCGCUCACUCCCCAGACACACACUCCUUGGAGUCCCCGAUGGCCCUGGUACUGCUGGGUCUCCCAGGGAGCCACCCUCCUGGCUCUGGGGGCUGCCCCAUCACUGCUCCUUAGCUGCGCAACCCCCAUCCCGCCGCUUCAGAGGUGGCUGCCUUCAGGCCCUUCUUACCUUGGCCGCUCGGAACCCCACCACCCUCCUAAUUCAGUAACUAGGCCUCAGCCUUCCCCGUAUGCAGGGAGCAUGAGGCAAACAGCGUAAUGGCAGCGGCCUUGGCCGGGCCUCCUGUUCCGCAGUGACUAUGGCUGUGGUUCCCGAGACCUCUGUGUUUGCUCACUUUGAUUUUUAUGUCUAAAACUCUGCUUCAAACUUUUCAAUAAACAAGCUAAUCAGGA